AUGGAAGGUUGCCCUUGUCUCAUCUUGAGCGCUUUCACUGCCGCUGCCAUUCUGCUCUUCACAUUUAUACCCAUUCUCUUUGUGUUCUACGUGUUUCAACACCGGUUUCUGCACCGGAUUGAGGCCCGCAUGACUCCCAUGACAGACUCGGUGACUCCGGAAGGAUGUCAGGGCAUAGAGAGGGCCAGCCACCCUGAUAAGGCAACGCCUGACGCGCUGGAAGCUACUGUGUCUCCUGCUCCAGGGUCGCGUCGAAACUCGAAUCUGAUGGAUAGCCGAUUGGAGGACAUCCAGGUUCCGACUCUUCUGCCACAAAUCACCAAGAAGAUGCCGGGCCCCGUCACCACCAGCGCCAUCGUCAAACUGACCGAGGAGCUUCACCUGGGAGGGCCUGCUCCGUUGCUGGAUGGUGGGUUGGACCACCUGCAAAUCCCUACGUUGGAACCGAAGCGCUUCACUCUAACCUUCCAGAAGAGCUCAUCCUUAGCUACCAUAGCCCAGGUGGCCAAAACCUCCGCGUUCGGCGCCGAAGAAGAAUCAGUAAUUGUUCCAUGGGAUGGCAAGAUACGCUGGGCUAUAGAGGGUCCUAGUGUCUUCGAUGACGAGGAAGAUGAGCUUGGAGCAUUCUACUUCCGUCCCAAUCUCUUUUCUCGUAACCCGUUCUCGGACAUUUGGAUGUUUCAGUAUGGACUGCGAUACGUACCGGCUAAGGGCGACAAAAACGUGUAUCGUACGGUCCGGAUCGAGAAUCUCCCCUCAACUCUAACCCUGAAGGAUAUCUUGCCUGCCGUUAGUGGUGAGAUUUUCUCAGCUCGUCUCACGGAUACCACUCCCAUUGUGGGAUAUAACACAGCGAUUGUCACGUUCGUUUGGCAAUCCGAUGCUAUUCAUUUUGCUCAGACUUCGAGAAACGGCAUCCACCUUGGUCCCACAGUGGCAAAGGUUAUCCCCGUCAACACUCCGACCUACCCUAUCUCAGCUGAGUUGAAGCGAUUGAUCUUCAAGGAAGGCGCCACACGCUGUCUCUGUGUGUCCAGUUUGCGUGAAUCCCUGAAGAGUGAAGUUCGCCGUGUUAUGGAGAAGUCUCCUCACUCUGCAUAUAUUGAGAGGAUUGAAGAUGGUCUUGUGCUGGGGGAGACCUACAUUCGGUUCCAUUCGAUCAAAGUGGCCGCUGCGGCGUGCGAUCAACUCAAAAACCACCCGUGCUUCACCGAGUGUGGCUUUCGUUUCUUAAAGAAAGCCUCAGACAUGCGUACCGCUGUUUCCGGAGAACGCACCUUUAGAACCAAAGUGCAGGAAAAGCGCCCUCGCAUCGGGAUUUGGGACUAA